AUGACAAUCGAGGGAAAGUUACGACUCUCUCUACCACCUAUUCUGCUCGGCUACGAAUUGCCUAACGCUUCGACCUCGGGCCUCUUCAACCUUUUAAGGACAACCCCGGUUCCCGGGGCAGUGACCAACGCCACUCUGCUGUCGCUCUUUAUCACCCUUGACCCGGCCAUCCAGCCGCCAGAUGAGAUCACUGAUCGGGUAAGCUGA